AGAUCUCUGCACGUCACUUAAAAUUAGGUCUGCGUAUCGUUAUGGCCGGUAAUUACAAAAAUUUUAUAAAAUUGUUGGAGUCUUGGCCACUGGACAAAUCUAAAGUUGGCAGUGAUUUGGGACAACACAUUCGUGAUCAGAUCAAGAUUGCUUUUGCAAAAGGUGAAGCAGCUCAACUGGAUCCAGAACUGUGCAAUCGAUAUUACGCAAGUUUGAAAAGAAUAUCGUCCGACUAUCAUGGGCAGAUUUACAAACGCUCUUUGCUGAGCACUGCAAGCGGAUUGAACAGGGAACAAUGUAACAUGGUGCUGACUCCAGAAAUGUUAGAGGUUCUUAAAGAGGAAGAUAAGAAUUUUGUUAGCAGAGUAUAUGGAAGGAUAAAAAGAUUUGUUAAUGAUGAUUAGAAUUAUGCUUAGAUGUGUUGUAAAUAAGUUUGUCAGGAAAAGAUGUUUUACGAACAAGACACAUACAUUAGUAUGUGCAAACGGUAACUUGAUAGGCUCAAUUAGAGAAUAUAGUCUAGAUAAUGAUGUCUCCUUUGGUAACAACAAUUCUUCUCAUGUGCCUGUUAUGGCACAGGAAGUAUUGUCUUACAUGGAGCCAUCAGCAGGCAAGACAUAUGUAGAUAUGACAUUUGGUUCUGGUGGGCACUCUAUUAGACUUUUAAAACAGUCAUCUGACAUAAAAAUAUUUGCGUUAGACAGAGAUCCAGUAGCUUACAACUAUGCGCAAGAAUUGUCAAAGAAAUAUCCGGAUAAAAUAAUUCCUUUGUUAGGUAGAUUUUCCGAGUUACCUCAAUUAUUGAAAGAACACAAUGUAAAGACAAAUAGUAUAGAUGGCUUUUUGUUUGAUUUCGGUUGCUCAUCAAUGCAAUUUGACGUGGCAGAGAGAGGGUUUUCGUUAUCAAAAGACGGGCCGUUAGAUAUGAGAAUGGACGGUUUUCGAUACCCGGAACAGCCUACCGCUGCUGAUGUUUUAGAAAGAUCGACGGAAGAGGAUUUGAUCCGCAUUAUAAAAACUUAUGGGCAAGAGAAGCGUGCCAAAAAAAUCGCGCGUGCUAUUGUCGAGGCGAGAUAUAUGUUUAGAAAGUUAGAAACGACAAAAGAACUGGCUCUGCUGAUCGAGUCCACUUUGGAUGGUGAAAUCAGAAGGGACAGUCUCGGUAGAUUUGCGCACUCUGCCACAAAAACGUUUCAAGCACUUAGGAUUUUUGUCAAUAACGAAUUAAAUGAAAUCAAUUACGGCGUACUUCUCGCGCAAAUGUAUCUGAAACUUCACGGCCGUUUGAUAACGAUCUCUUUUCACUCGCUCGAAGAUACCAUAAUCAAGAGACACAUCUCUGGUAACAUAAAAGAUAACAUGGCUAAUACUGUGGCUUUAAGAUACGCGAAUUACGCUAAAGUCUUUGAUAAAGAGGAAGUCGAAACGUUGGUGCAACCACCUUGGAAAAUGAUGCACAAACAUGUUUUGACGCCCACAGAUGAAGAAAUCGAGACAAACCCGAGAUCGCGAUCGGCAAAGUUUCGCGCUAUUGUCAAAGUAAAAUAAAUUAUCUCUCCUCCAAUGCGCAUAUGUGUUAUUUGAACAAUAAUUAAUAUUUUCUAUCACAAUGUGCGCACGAGUAAAUUAAGAUUUAUGUAAUUACGAUAUGCGUGUUUAUUUCAAAUGUGUUAUUCAUGCAUAUACUGUGUACAAAAAAUAAAUAAGAAUUUUGAGUAGAAAAAUA